UCCCUCCCAAAGAUAUUAAAAUGGCUUAAACCAGAACUCCGGAAGGGGAUAACAAUGGCAGUUCCUCAAGUUCUUAUCUUUAAAACCCAACUCAAUAUUCGUAGCCCUUUUAUCUUCUGGCUUCGCAAUGUCCGAAAGAUCAGCUCUGUUGCAGCAGUAGCUGUUGAACCAGUAAAAGUAUUAAAGAAUCGAUCUUAUAAUGCUUCAGAUGGAAAAGGUGAUGGGGAUGCACCAAAAUGGAAGAAAUUGAGUUCAGAAGAACUUGGAAUAAGUACAUCAAUGAUUGCGAAACCUACAAGAUUGGUUUUGAAUGGGCUAAAGAAAAAGGGGUUUGAGGUCUACCUUGUUGGGGGUUGUGUUAGAGAUCUUAUACUGGACAGAACUCCAAAAGAUUUUGAUGUAUUAACAUCAGCUGAACUUAAAGAGGUACUAAAAAUAUUUCAGCGUUGUGAAAUUGUUGGAAGGAGGUUCCCUAUAUGCCAUGUGCAUAUUGAUGAUACCAUUGUGGAGGUUUCGAGCUUUACUGCGACUAGGAGGAAGUUUAAGAGGAAUGGCUAUAAUAUUGUUCGAAGACCUCCUGCAUGCAGUGAAGCCGAUUUCAUUCGUUGGAAAAAUUGCUUGUCGAGAGAUUUUACUAUCAAUGGAUUGAUGUUUGAUCCAUUUACAAAGAUAGUCUAUGAUUACUUGGGCGGACUGGAAGAUAUUAGAAGGGCUAAAGUGAGAUGUGUGAUUCCUGCAAAUGCUUCUUUCAUUGAGGACUGCGCUCGCAUUCUGCGUGGAGUAAGGAUAGCAGGCCGUUUAAGAUUUCGUUUUGCUCGAGAAACAGCCCAUUCUAUAAAAGAAUUAGCAUCUUCCAUAUCUAGACUUGAUAAGGGAAGAAUCUUGUUGGAAAUGAAUUACAUGCUGGCAUAUGGUUCUGCAGAAGCUUCAUUGAGAUUAUUAUGGAAAUUCGGACUUCUAGAAAUUCUUCUACCAAUCCAAGCUUCCUACUUCAUUUCCCAGGGUUUUCGAAGGCGUGAUAAGAGAUCGAAUAUGCUUCUGACUUUGUUUUUAACUCUGGACAACCUUCUAGCACCGAACAAGCCUUGCAACUCUAGUUUAUGGAUUGCCAUCUUAGCAUUCCAUAAAGCACUGGUGGACAAACCGAGGGAUCCUUUGGUUGUUGCUGCCUUUAGCAUUGCUGUUCAUUGUGGUGGAUCGUUAUCAGAUGUGUUGGGAAUAGUGAGAAAGAUCUCCCAACCACACGAUACAAGGUUUCCUGAGCUUGUAGACCAAAAUAUUGAGUCGGAUGAAGCAUUAUUGGAUGAGAUGAUGGAUCUUGCCACUUAUGUCGAAGCUGCAUUGCAAGAGAUGACCGAUGAGCAUGUUGUUUCCCGAGCUCUGAUAGAUUAUCCUCAAGCACCGAAGUCAGAUCUGGUGUUUAUCUCAUGGACACUUUCACAAAAGGUUUCUGCAAUAUUUGAGUGUGUUAGAAAGGGAAAGGAGAAGGAUUUUCGAAGAAAACGAGGCCGUAAAAUCGAGUAUGAAUCCCUAGCAUUAGGAAAAUUGCGUGAAGUUAGACAUAUUUUUGCAAUGGUUGUUUUUGAUACUGUGUUUCCUCCUCAUCUCAAAGACUAAGAAUUAUUUUAGAUAGUUGUGCUACAUAGAUUCUCAUUAACUUAUUAUCAUAACAUAACUUGCUUGUUAAAAUUCAAAUUUAUUUUUUUGUA